CAAGCAACGAUCGUUUUCAACUCAGGCUUAAGACAACAAAUUAAUAUUAGCACUGCGGACGAACUGACAGAGAUUGCUUAUAAUGUUGUCUUUUCCAGUUUUAGUCAGUUGGAUUGUUCUGAUAUCAGUGUCUGUCACCCUGUUAUGUCAGCCUCCCACCGAUUACUCUCCGGCAUCGACCGAUGCACCGCUGACUACGACGCCAGCACAGUAUCCUUGGAGUUGUGCCGCGGACACGCAUCCGAGCUUGAUCGCAUGCGGCAACUUGUCCACAUUAUUGAAGAGAAUGCAACGGCAAAUUCAGUUCCAGUUUUGCGGUCGCAAAUACGUCAAUAUCUUUGACAUCUAUGCACAUGCAAGCAUAAUGUUGAUUUCCGCAAAAUCCACUUUCUUCAGGGUGUGUUCGGGAGCGUUUUAUCAUGCCAUCGAGGAUGCUACGUCUUGCACUGCAGCGCACUGGUGAAUAUGUCAUGAUAGUGCAUACACCCGUAACGCUCGUCCGGAGCAGAAGAGAAAAUUUUUGGGAUUAAUCUUAGCAUAGU